CCAAAGCAUGCAUUAAUUGUGUUAGGGGAGCAAGUUUGAAUAUCUCUCAUUUUGCUGCCAUAAGCUGUUGACUUCAAGAGCGAAGUGUCAAAUCUUUUAAGAACAAGAAUGUGAUGUACUCUGGUUCAUAUUAUGUGGAUCAUAUACAUCCUUUAUAUUCAUCUCAGUAAUGGGUUUCUUCAUCUGUUUAAAUUUGUUCUUUGUUUUGUUGAUGCUGUUUUAUUAUAUGUUAGAUGUAGGUAUUGCCAUAGACAUCAUUACACCGUCUCAAUUCAUCAAGGACCCAGAAACUCUAAGCUCCAAAGAUGGAAACUUCACCUUGGGGUUCUUCACCCCUCAAAAUUCUACAAAUCGUUACGUUGGAGUUUGGUGGAAGUCUCAAUCCACAGUUAUAUGGGUUGCUAACAGAAACCAACCACUAAAUGAUUCUUCAGGGAUUGUUAAAAUUUCUGAAGAUGGCAAUCUUGUGGUAUUGAAUGGACAAAAACGAGUCAUUUGGUCAUCAAAUGCGUCCAACAUAACAACAUCCAACACUAGUUCCCAGUUUUCAGACCCUGGAAAACUUGUACUCAUGGAAAGCACUAGAGGAACCAUCUUAUGGGAUAGUUUUCAGCAACCUUCUGAUACAUUACUCCCGGGUAUGAAAAUUUCAAGUAACAAAAGAACAGGUGAGAAAGUAGAACUUACAUCAUGGAAAAGCCCUUCUAAUCCCUCCGCUGGUAGCUUCUCUUGCAGUGUUGUUCAACGCAUAAACACACUUGAAGUGUUCAUUUGGAAUGAAACUAGACCAUACUGGCGCAGUGGUCCAUGGAAUGGUGGAGUGUUUACAGGGAUACGGUGGAUGAUGACAAGUGCAUAUCUUACUGGUUUCCGCAGUGAAGAUGAUGGGGAAGGAAAUGUUGAUGUCUAUUACACAAUACAAAAUGAGUUACAAUUUUUUAUCUAUAACCUGAAUUCACAAGGCGAGUCUCAACUGAAAUGGUGGAAUGAUGGGGUGAAAGAAAUGCAAGUUAAAUGGACUAGUCACGAAUCGGAUUGUGAUGUUUAUGGUAUAUGCGGGGCAUAUGCAAUCUGUAAUUCACUGAAGUCACCAAUAUGCAGCUGUUUGAGAGGGUUUGAGCCAAGGAACCAAGAGGAGUGGAAUAGACAAAACUGGACUAAUGGGUGUGCUAGGAGGGCUCCUUUGCAGUGUGAAAGGGACAACAAUCAAAGCACAAGUGCAGAAAGAAAGGAAGAUGGGUUUCUGAAACUGCAGAUGAUUAAAGUUCCUGAUUUUGCAGAAGGGUCUGCUGUUACACCAGACAGAUGCAGAAGCCAGUGCUUGAAGAAUUGCUCUUGCGUUGCAUAUUCUCACGAGGAUGGAAUUGGCUGUAUGUCUUGGACAGAGAAUCUAAUUGACAUACAACAGUUCCCAAGUGCAGGACUUGAUCUAUAUGUUCGUUUAGCCUACACAGAACUUGCAGAUAAAGGAUCAAACAAAUCAAUCAUCAUUACCAUCACAACGAUAAUAGGAACCAUCAUAAUUGUUGUUUGUGUAUAUUUAAUAUGGAGAAGGACUACAAAUCACCCAGCCAAACUGUGGCAAUCUAUUAAAUCAACAAGGAGAAAGAUAAACAAAGCUAUGCUAUUUAACAAUGGUGAAACAUCACAUGAACUUAUGAGUGACAAUGUUAUUGGAGAACUGUCACAAGUUGAGCUCCAGGAACUGUUACUAUUUAGUUUGGAAAAGCUUGUAACUGCCACAAACAACUUCCACUUGUCCAAUAAACUUGGGCAGGGUGGUUUUGGUCCAGUAUACAAGGGAAAACUGCAAGAUGGACAGGAAAUUGCAGUUAAAAGACUCUCUAGAGCAUCAGGACAAGGGAUACAGGAAUUCAUGAAUGAAGUAGUGGUGAUUUCCAAGCUUCAACACCGCAAUCUUGUAAGACUUCUUGGCUGCUGCAUUGAAGGUGAUGAAAAGAUGCUGAUAUAUGAAUACAUGCCAAACAAGAGUUUGGAUGCGUUUGUCUUUGGUCCAUCAAAAAACCAACUCCUAGAUUGGAUGAAGCGCUUUAGCAUAAUAGAAGGAAUAGCUCGGGGACUACUUUAUCUUCACAGAGAUUCCAGACUAAGAAUCAUACACAGGAAUUUGAAAGCAAGUAACAUCUUGUUAGAUGAAGAUAUGAAUCCAAAAAUAUCAGACUUUGGUAUGGCUAGAAUCUUUAGAGGGACUACUGAAGAUCAAGCCAACACAAGCAGAGUUGUUGGAACUUAUGGUUAUAUGUCUCCUGAGUAUGCAAUGCAAGGAUUAUUUUCAGAGAAAUCAGAUGUGUUUAGCUUUGGUGUUUUGGUACUAGAGAUUGUUAGUGGAAGAAGAAACUCGAGCUUUUAUGAUGAUGAGCAUGCUCUUAGCCUUUUAGGAUUUGCUUGGAUACAAUGGAAAGAAGGCAAUAUAUUAUCCAUAAUAGAUACAGGAAUAUAUGAUCCAAGUCACCAUAAAAAUAUUUUAAGGAGCAUACACAUUGGACUUCUGUGUGUACAAGAACAUGCUACAGAUCGGCCCACUAUGGCUGCAGUAAUUUCCAUGCUCAACAGUGAGGUUGCGGUUCUUCCUCCUCCAAGUCAACCUGCAUUCAUCAAUAUGUUGAGUUCAAGGUCAUUUGAAGAAAGUCCUAGAUUCUGCUCCAUCAAUACCGUCAGUAUUACAGAUAUAUAUGGUAGAUAGCAAACUAAGAGCUCUAAAGAAGGUUUUUGAAGGCAAUGGAUAUAAGGUUAAUAUACUAGAAACUUUGUUGAAACUUGUAAAUACAUGCACUUCGUUGACAAAUGUUAGGGCAUGCAGUGGAAGCAUAAAGCAUAAAAGCCAUAAAACAGAGAAGAGGAAAGUUCAGGAAACAAAGUAAUUUUUUAUUUACUAUAUAAUUAUAUUAUUUUGCAUGUUUUUUAUUCUUAUAUAAGACAAAUACAAGAAAAAUGACAGUUAUAUAUACAUAAUAUCUAUAAAUACUGUCGGUAAAACACAUGUCUCUACUCUCUACCAUUAUGAAGUGUGUAGAUUUGCUUAAACUUAGAUAUCUAGUAAGAUAUUAUCCACUGAAAUAAGUAAACAUA